AUGUUACCAUAGUCUAUUUCAUCUUACUACAUCUCAGAUUAUCAUAAUGCUGUCGUCGUCCAAGAAAGCUGUCACAUCACUUCGCAGUGUACGUUUGACGCGACACCUGUCCAGCAGAGCAUCCACCAUCUUGUCCUCGUUGGAGAUCCCGACAUCCACGGAAAUACCUGGUGUCUUUGACGGCCAAUGGAAGGGAACAGGCGAUGUUAUGGAGAGCGUAUGCCCUACCACUGGUGAGGUACUAGCUCGUGUCCAAUCUGCGACUCCUCAGGAACUACAUGGCACGCUGGAGAGAACCAAAGAAGCACAUCAUGUCUUGAGGUCCAUUCCUGCCCCUCGUAGAGGUGAAAUUUUGAGACAGAUCAGGGAAGCUCUGGCUGCUAAGCGAGAUGUCCUUGGCGCACUUGUGUCUUUGGAAAUGGGCAAAAUCAAAACCGAGGGAAUCGGUGAAGUCCAGGAGUUUGUGGACAUUUGCGACUAUGCUGUAGGUCUGUCGAGAAUGAUGAAUGGAAGAGUAGUCGCUUCCGAAAGGCCAGGGCACUCUAUCCUCGAAGUGCCGAAUCCCCUGGGAGUGGUUGGCGUAUUAACCGCUUUUAACUUCCCUGUAGCAGUAUAUGGAUGGAAUUUCUCUUUGUCGUUUGCCGCAGGUAACGCUAACCUUUGGAAGCCUUCUCCCAGCACGCCGCUGUGUGCGAUUGCUGUGACCAAAAUCAUCGCUAGUGUUUUAGAGAAGAACGGUAUUCCGGGCGCCGUGUCUAGUCUCGUUACGGGUGGCAAGGACGUUGGAGAAGCUGUCGUAGAAAGUCGUGAUGUAAAUUUAGUUUCUUUUACAGGUAGUGAGGCUGUAGGCCGCGUUGUCGGUAAGGCUGUCCAGUCUAGAUUCGGCAAAAGCAUCCUUGAACUGGGCGGGAAUAAUGCAUCAAUCAUCAUGCCGGAUGCCGAUUUAUCUUUGGCUGUUCCAGCUGUCUUUUUCGGUGCAGUGGGGACUGCGGGUCAACGAUGCACCUCAACUAGACGAUUGUAUCUUCACCGCGCUAUUGCCCAGCAGUUCCUUUCUGAACUUCAGAGACUCUAUGGUACCGUACGGGCCGGCGACCCUCUUGUAGAUUCCACACUCCUAGGCCCCCUCCAUACAAGCACCGCAUUGGGGAUUUACAGCAACGCCGUUCAACAUUUACGAGAUACGGGUGCCGAAAUCCUCGCAGGUGGCAACAGAUACGAGGAAGAACACCUCAAGAAUGGCAACUUUGUGCAGCCCACAAUUGCGAUACCCAAAACUAAUGAUCCAACAGACCCCAUUUGGAGCACAGAGACGUUCGCUCCCAUCCUAAAUGCGGCCAUAUUUGAUACCUUGGAACAGGCUAUCGAAUACAACAACGCUGUUCCGCAAGGUUUGUCUAGCAGCAUUUGGACUAGAGACCUGCGAAAUGUCGGGAAAUGGAUAGGUCCGGCUGGGUCUGAUACUGGUAUCGUAAAUGUCAAUGUGGGUACGAGCGGUGCUGAAAUUGGGGCCGCUUUCGGAGGCAACAAGAGCACUGGAUGGGCCGUGAAUCUGGGGGUGACGCUUGGAAACAGUACGUCCGCUGGAGCGCUUGCACGAUCAACUUUUCCGAUGCAGCACCGUUGGCUCAAGGUGUCAAUUUCUCUACAUGAUCAGUCGUAACUUGAUCCAGCCGGUUAUCUUGUAUACUGCCGUGUCUCAAUUGUUGGCACCACUGCAGCAUAGCUUGCUAGUGAACUCAUCAUCGAG